CAACUGUUCAGGCAUCUAUAAAAUAUGAAGAAGCUUAUGUAACUGUAUCAUCGCUUUUUAUCUUUUAUGUAAUCUUGAAACCGGUUCGGGCUAGGUACGUGUAAUCUCGUCACUAUUACUCGCGCAACAUAUUCUACGGACACAGUGAUCACACCGGAAAAUAAUACACGAUAAAUGUGCAGAGAUUUUACUGUAAUUGUCUGUUGAAUUUAACCACUCCAUCGUGUGACAUAAUUUGAACGUAAGAUCUGUUCCAGCACGAUGAAUCUAUCGGUGAGCCUACCGCGAGUAUUGGUAACUAGCAACGAAGCGCCGGCUCCCGGCAUCGAUUUGCUUCGAAACAAAUGCGACAUUACAAUUUUGCCAAAUGCCAUAAGCACUCGGGAACAAGUGCUGCAAGCUCUACCAGGACACGACGCUGUGUUCCUCGCCAACCAUCAAAAUGUGAACAGCGAGUUUCUCGAUAUCGCCGGCCCAAAUUUGAAAGUUGUAUCGACAAUGUCGGCCGGAUACGAUCAUUUGGAUAUACCAGAAAUUAAGAGGAGGGGAAUCAAAGUGGGACACACGCCUCAAGUUUUAUCUGCUGCAGUCGCAGAAGUGGCUGUGCUCUUAAUGUUAUCUGCGGCGAGACGCGCUCACGAAGGUCGCUUGAAAUUAGAACAAGGUCAGGUGGAAUACAGACCACAGUGGUUGCUGGGGCAAGAUCUGCAAGGAUCCACAGUCGGUAUCUUCGGUCUAGGAAAUAUCGGUCAAGCGAUCGUUAAGCGAUUGAUGGGAUUCGAGGUGGGACGUUUCAUCUAUACUGGACAUUCGCGCAAAAAAGCAGGUGAUGAGCUUGGAGCAACAUUCGUAUCUUUAGACGAGCUUCUAGAGCAGAGUGACUUCCUCGUCGUCGCGGCCCCAUUGAAUAACGAAACCAGAGGGCUCUUCAAUGACAAUGCUUUCAAUAAGAUGAAAAGUACAGCCGUCUUUGUGAACAUAGCUCGCGGCCAGAUCGUAAAGACAGAUUCGCUUGUGAGAGCUCUUCGUAAUAAGAAAAUAUUCGCUGCUGGAUUAGACGUUACCGAUCCAGAACCGUUGCCAUUGGAUCACGAACUUCUAAAACUACCUAAUGUCGAAAUUUUGCCACAUUUGGGCAGCUCAACGCUCAAGACUCGCAAUAACAUGUCGAUAAUUGCAGCACAGAACAUUUUAAAUGGUCUCGAGGACAAACCCUUGGUCUAUCCUUUAUAGUUUUUUCCUGCAUUUAGUCUUGUGUGACUUAUAUAUUAUAUAUUAUUUUUACACACACAUAUCGUAAUAAUGCACAAUAAAUAUCACUAGAAAAACGA